AUGGCACCUUUUGUUGUCGGAGAUUUUCUCGAGUACUCUGGCAUCAAUGUCAAUGGCAUGAUCGUCUGCUAUGCGAUCAACGCGCCCAACGUCCAGAUUCUCACACCUGAUGGCCCAACAUACAUUCGGGUCGAGGACGCGAUCAUUGGUGUUUUCGAUGGCGGUGCGAAUGUGGAGAACGCAGAUUCGAGAUUCAUUGGCUAUACCUCCAACCCUCAACCCAUCACUCUCUGGGCUCUAGACCUCGAUCCAUGUACUGGUGAGGAAUCGGAACGUCCGAUCGGCUCCGCACCUUAUAAAGCGGGCGACAACCGCAACAAAUGGAUCUGGCGGGCAGACACCAGAGUUAAUGGCAGGUACACGCGCGAGUAUGCUGUGAAAUCCAACGACGGGAUAGUCACAACCAAGAACAACAUCACUGCUGGUCGCUAUGUUCAACCAGUCACGGAGUGGAUCUUCCCGGAAUCCACUUUGCCGGGAAACGUUCCUCCAGUCAACGAUUUCUCUGCGCUGGAGCAUCUUGCCAAAGGUAUCGGAUACACUCCAGAUGGGGUACUCAUUGGCCAGCUCAAACCCUGGCCAGGUGCCAACGUACCUCAAGCGCCAGUCUGUCCACCAUUCACACCCGGAAGUGCACCACCAGCUAGUUCGGGCUCAGGCACGGGCUCCACUCCUCCCGCAUCUGGAUCUGUAACACCCCCAUCUGGGCCUGUCACACCCCUUCUUGCUUCAGCGGCUACCAUCGCCACAAGACCUGGUGUAGCUGUACCUCUGAAGGUCGACGUCACGAACUCAGCCAGUUUCGCAGCUGGCGAUCUCACAUUCUCCUGGUCUCAGACCAGCGGACCGGCUGUGACUCUGGCGUCCACCAACGGCCAGUCGACUUCUUUCACUGCUCCUGCUUCCACCACACUUUCGACGUAUGUCUUUACGGUUACUGUGAAAAGCACAUCUUCUGGUACCACGGCAACAGGUACCUUUACCGUCACAAGUGACCCAACCACGAAAGACACUGUCGUGAUCGAUGCUUACACUGCAACGACCUCAAACGGAGGUCAUCUAUCUGUAUCGGCCCAUACCAAUAUUGUGGGCUUCGAUGCCAAGCUGAGGGUCUAUCUUGCCGCAACAGCAACUGGCACGUCUUUCCCUAUGACAACCGUUGCUGGCAAGCCAGGAUAUUACUUUUAUGAUGCCCCUAAGGGAACCAAGAAAACGGCGGGUGUUACUGUAGUCAGUGAUGGGGGUGGUUCUGCCAGCAGAACAACAACGACCGCUUGA